UACCUCCCUAAAAUGGCCCAAAGAGAUCUGGACCUCACUACUCCAGUGUGUGUUGGUAGGCAAGGCUCAAGAAAUCUAUGCCUCUGUGCCUCUUGAACAGUCCGUGGAUUAUGAGGUGGUAAAGGCUGCGAUUCUGAAGGCGUACGAGUUGGUUCCUGAGGCAUAUCGGCAGAGGUUUCCGACAGUGCAGAAAGUGGGACCAGCACACCUUCAUUGAGUUUGCUCGUGAAAAAGAGCGAUUAUUUAAUCGGUGCUGUACCUCUAAACAAGUAGACUCUCUGGAGUUACUUAGGGAGCUUAUCCUCCUUGAGGAGUUUAAGAACUGCGUCCCUGAGGUGAUUACAACAUACCUCAAUGAGCAGAAAGUUAACACACUGGCUGAAGCAGCUGUGCUGGCGGAUGAGUUCGCUUUGACACACCGUAACAUGCAGCCCACCAGAUCAGGUGAUGGCUUUAGGAACAGGGCUCCCUACCAGGGUAAACCAAGGCUUGUUGUGGCAGGGCCUUACCCUGCGUCUCCCCCAAGGAGUCCUAGUGGGGCGUCUGGUGGAAACUUUGACAUUGUGUGUUUUUAUUGCAGAAACCCUGGACACAAAAUAUCGGACUGUCAUGCAUACCAGAACGACCAAUGUAAGACUGUGGCUUUGGUUGCAGCUUCGCAAUGCAGGACUAACUGUGGCUGUGUUGGAAGCGCCUGUUCGCAUUAGGGUGGUUCUAGCGAGAAGGCGGACUACUCUCCUUUCAUAAGCAUAGGGUCAGUGUCUCUGCCAGGCCAAAGUAGUGUGCCUGUGCGCAUCCUGAGGGAUACAGGGGCUGCACAGUCGGUCCUGUUGGGGGGAGUGCUGCCUCUCUCAGCCAGGACUGCCACAGGAAGUCAUGCACUCGUUAGAGGCAUUGAAAUGGGUUUUAGAAAGUUACCUUUACAUCAUGUCCAGCUUUCCUCUGGCUUAGUCACCGGCCAUGUAGUGGUUGGGGUGUGUGCAUCUCUGCCUGUGCCUGGGGUAGAGUUCAUCCUGGGAAAUGACUUAGCUGGGGGGAGGGUCUGGGAACUCACUAAGGUGGCACCGCCACCCGUUAUGGUAAGCGUUCCACCGGCAUCUGACACGCUUAAUGGGUGCGCAACAAAUUUCCCUCCUAUUUUUCCCAUUUCUGCUGUUCCUACAGCUAAACAGAUACAGGAAGCUGAGGAACAGGAGCGGUUAAGUUGUCGUUCUGAGGUGAUCAGUAAAACUGUUGAAGGUAAGAGGGUUGCUUCUCCAGUCAACAGCCAGACUGGCACAAGAGGGAAAUAUAACCGUGUCAAUGGCCGUUCAGUUGUGGGGACUGAAUCUGGCCCAGUGGAGUUGAUCCACACCGGACCUGGGAAUGGUCAUAGUGUCUCUGACUAUAGGGAGUCAGACACUGAUUAUAGCACUAAGCAGCCUCCUGCUAAUGUGCUGGGCUAUAUCGGUGGCUCUAGGCACCUCUAUCAAACCCGUGCCGCUGCGAAAAAGGCGCUAGCGAAAUCAACGUGUAAGAUGCAGCGCUCUUUCGGUCGCAACGGUGUUUUGAGAAAGGGGAUCGGGUCCUAGCCUUGUUGCCCUUCAGUCCUUUUCGACCUAAUUUAGCUGAUCCCUACACUAUGGGGAAGUGUUGUUUGGAUCACGACUGUUGUAAUUAGCACGCCACACUGUAAAAAAGAGGGGUGCGGCUUGAAUAAAAUGGUUCUGUGACCUGUUCUCCUCUUGUCUCUUCAGUUUUUCAAGGACCCAGGAUGGUGGGGCCCGGAGAUGGGACGGGGUCACGGGGCUCUUUUUUUUUUCAGGUUUCCUGGGAGGA